CAAUAAAGUGUAGUUAAGUUGUAGCAUGCAAACUGUUUAAUCAUGUCAAAUUAAAUCUUAUAUUGUAUAUCUUUUAUUAACGGUCGCUCAGUCUCUUAUAGGAGUAAUAGUGGAUGGAUUGUAAUUUAAGUUUAUUUCAAAAAUGUUGAGAAUAACAUAUUAUCGGACAAUUUUAAAUUACGUAAUAAUAAUUUCUUUGACGUCACCACUAUGUUAUUCAAGACUGAUAGAUAAUGUUAAUUCAGCUAUUGUUUCAAAUAUUCGCGAUGAUUUCGUGAACAACACCGGGGGACAAAAUGGCGUUAUCGGGGCGUUUAUCGGGGAUUUUACCACAAUGCAUCGUACUGAAAGUAGUGCCAAUCCCGCAGAAGACAAAAUAAUUACAUCAUGCGCGUCCCGCAAAAAUCUGUCUACAUGCAAACAGUCUAUUAGAAAAGAAUGUCUGGAUAUAAAUAGACUGCUUCAAAAAUCUCUCGAAGAGUCAACCAAUCAGACGCUAUCUGACUGGUUCCCCUCAUUGCUGUACAAUAUACACAACAGCGCGUGUUCAGAUGACGAAUCGUCCCCGGAACCAGAACAUCAUAGGGAAAAAAGCAGACCAUCAUCAGCUCAAGCAUGGGGGUAUGGUAUCGGAUUUGUCACGGUGAUUUGUUGCGUCUCGAAUGUAGGUGGAUUUAUGGCCCCUUUUAUGAAGAAGGACUUUUUUCAAAGGUUGUUGUUGUUUUGCGUGGCUUUGGCGGUCGGCACGUUGGCGGCAACCGGUUUCCUAGUGCUGAUACCAGAGUCAAUGGAACUUACCGAAGAAGAUUCACCAGUUCCUGACUAUCAUUUCAAAAUGGCGACUGUCAUGGGCGGAGUUUAUUUCUUCUUCAUCUCCGAAAGACUUCUUAAAAUCUGGUUUUCUCGCCCAAAGAGAAAGAAGUCGAAGGAUCCUUUUGAAAUCGAAACUGAAAUAACGAUUGAAAUACCAGUGAAAGAAAAUGGCAACCAUGGACACUCCCAUUCUCUGGGAAUUGUGGACAAAGAGGAGGAGCUAACUGUUCUUACCGGAAACGAAACCGACACACCUCUAAAGAAAGAGAAACGGAAACGGAAACUGACGACGUUGGCGUUGAUUAUCCUCAUUGGGGACGCUUUACAUAAUUUCGUGGAUGGUAUAGCCAUUGGGGCAGCGUUUACGGAGAACACUUAUCUAGGAAUCAGUGUGUCACUUUCUGUAAUAUGCGAAGAACUUCCGCACGAAUUAGGUGAUAUUGCCAUUCUGCUCAACUCGGGGUUAAACAUGAGGCGGUCUUUGUGCUACAAUUUCAUGGCCGCUCUCACUUGCUAUGUUGGACUUGUAAUUGGUAUCCUACUGGGUGAAAACACAAAUGCAAACAUGUGGAUAUUCGCGGUUGCUGGUGGAAUGUUUGUUUACAUAGCCCUUGUCGACAUGGUUCCGGAAAUGAGCGAGCAAAUCCGACAAGUGGAAGAGCAAAAUGAAAACCAAAAGUUUUCAGCGUUCCUUAUACAGAAUAUAGGUCUGUUAACAGGCUUCGUGAUAAUAAUGAUGCUGGUGAUGUACGGAGGAAAUAUAGAAGUCUAACUCCCGUUGAACGUCGACCAAAAGCAAGCAUUAGCAAAGAAGCUUUAUGCUUAAAACAUAGUUGUUGUUUUAAUUGUUGUUGUUGUUGUUGUUUUGUUACGUUGUUAAAUUCCUUUCAAUAAAUUCAGUAACAUAGUUAUGUAAACAUAAAAAUUCAUGAAAGGAAUAUUGGUGACCGAUUUUGAAUGCGAAAGCACGGUCAUUUUAAUAGUAUGCUCGGGUUAACCUAGAUACUAAUGGGAAAAAACCCACACUUUCCUAGAUAGAAAAGUUAAUUAUAUGAUCGAUGUAAUCAGAUAUUUUUAUGUUUUAUUUGACAGAUAUCUCAAGGUUUGCAAAAACCGGAGAUAAUAGUUAACUUAAAAACAUGUUUCAUUUUUUUCAGAUUUUAGAAUAAAUUGUUAUGCAGUUUAUUUAGUCUUUUCGAUUAAAUAUGGAAUAUUUCGGAUUUUACGCACGAGGAACGUUAAUAUUUUCGAACGAUAUUUUAAAUAUGAAGAUCGAAACCUUAGCUUACUGUAGGACCAUGUUAAGCAUCUCAUGGUUUGAAAUACAAAUGAAACUCAGUAUAUAUAU